AUGGCUCCUCGUUCAAGAGGCGCCCAGCGCAUAGCCGAAGCAUUAAUAUCACAAUCAUCCUCCAGAGUCCCAACGUUACACGUCUGCCGCUCAUGCCGUGUGGCUCUUUCUCUCCCUUUCUCACAGUCUCUCCGCUUGGCUUCAACCGCAGCCGCACGAGCGACCCAUGACACACCACCAAUCACACAGCUCUCCCCGUCAGGUCCUGAAGCAUCACCCGCGCCACAACCUCUCUUCACCAUCAAGGCAGGUAUUGUAGUUAGCCGGCCUCCUCUAAUCACACCCGAUCCUCACCCUUUCGAGACCGCAUAUCAUUUGUACCAACGUCGACUGAACGAACGACUCGCCUUGCCUUUUAGCCAGUAUUUCUAUUACAAAAAGAACACUCCAGCCGUGGAACAAUGGCGAGCGAAUCGUCGCGCACGCGGUGGUGCAGCGGCGAGAGACAUCGGCAACUAUAAUGCAUAUACUCCCGAGGCUUGGAACGAUGAAAUCCUGGUCGGUGAUGACACCGCACAGCCAGCUAAGAUUGUCGAGCAAUUGAUUGCUGAGGAAGGCCGCUCCGAAGAAUUUACCGGCUCCGGAGAUCCACGAUACGCUGGGCUUAAGCGGAGAACGGAAGCGGAUGAGAAGAAUGAUCAGAAGAGCCUCGAGAGAAGUCUGACACGGACGCUGUAUCUGCUGGUGAAGACUACAGGUGAUGGUGGGUCUUGGAAAUUUCCUGCCGGUACUCUGGCAGAGACGGAGGGUUUAAAAGAGGCUGCCCAGCGCGUUCUUUUCGCAUCUUGCGGCGUCAAUAUGAACACUUUCUUCGUUGGGAAUCAUCCUGUCGGUCAUUAUGUACACCAAUUCGCCAAACCGCAGACGCCCGAACCUGCUGCAUCCACACAAUCAAAGGCUCAGGACUCCAAAGCAACCACCGAAACAUCAAAAACAACGUCAAAGACCCCGUCUAAGCAAGGCCUCGCAGCAGCUCAGGAUACCACGCUUGUUGACGGGGAGAAAACGUUUUUCAUGAAAGCUAGAAUACUGGCUGGUCAGGCAGAUCUUAGCAUUGCGCAGAACAAGACUAUUGAAGACUUCAAAUGGGUCAGCAAGGAGGAGCUGGAGACACUGGUAGCUCCUGAGUAUUGGCUGAAGAUCAAGAAUAUGCUUGUUGCUCAGUAA